AUGGUUGUGUCCUGGCGCGCGGUCUUCGUAUGCCUGCUCUCUCUUGUGCUGGGUGCGUCUUGCUACGACGUUGUGCGCGAGUACUCUGGACAGAGUUUUUUCGACCGGUGGGAUUUCUAUGGCAGUUGGGAUAAUUUGACGCUCGGCGAUGUGUGGUGGCUCAACCGGUCUUCUGCGGUCGAGCAGAAUCUUGCAUAUAUUGACGCACGAGGCCACGCCAUCAUGAAGGUAGACAACAGCUCCAACGUCCCCUCCAAUCAAAAACGAAACUCGAUCCGCAUUACAUCGCAGGAUUUUUACGAUAUCGGCAGCCUGUGGGUCGUAGACCUUCUUCACAUUCCUUUCGGCUGCUCCGUCUGGCCUGCAUUCUGGACGAAGGGUACUCUAUGGCCAAACGACGGCGAAAUCGACAUCAUUGAAGCUAUCAAUCUUGCGUCGAACAACCAAUACGCCCUCCACACCCUACCCGGAUGCACGCUCGCGCCUGGCUCCGCACAGUCGGGACACCCAACAGCGACAAACUGCUCCGAGGGGAGUGGAUGUGUCGUCAUCGAGUCCGCGCCCAACAGCUACAACGAAGGGUUCGCGCAGGCGGGUGGAGGGGUGUGGGCGACACAGUUCGACACCGCGGGCAUAUUCAUGUGGUUCUGGACUCGCGCGAACGUCCCAAAAUCUAUCUUGAGCGCGACGUCUACCUCCGCCCUUGAUAUUUCAGAUUUUGGGACGCCCUCCGCUAGCUAUCCUGCAUCUACCUGCAACAUCAGUCAAUACUUCACGCCUCAGCAGCUGAUAUUCGACAUUACCCUUUGCGGAGACUGGGCCGGCGUUCCCCAGUUCUAUGGCCCUUCGUGUGGAAAAACUGGACCGACUGGCCUUUGCUAUGAGGACAGCGUGCUGGGGCCUGGAGCAAAGUUCGACGACGCGUAUUUCGAUGUGUCUUACCUCCGAGCGUACACGACUCUAGCUGCACCUGCUGCUUCCGCUACGCCAGCCGCUCCUUCUACUCCGCCGGCCUUGGCCUCGGCCAUACCUCCUUCCAGCACCAUAUCUGCUGCACCCUCCAACUCGGGGACCGCCGUGGUCACGGUCGCGAGCACGCUCGCAGUUGCGUCUAGUGGGUUACCAGGCUCGACGGAGACAUCGCGGGCAAGAGGCUCUGAAGCAGGGUUCGUUCUGGCGUCCUUGUUGACUGGAGUGUCAGUUGCCCUAGGGUGGAUGGGGUACUGAUCUUGGUGCGCUCGCGGUGGUCUCCACCGACUGGACUGGACGCUUCGUUGCUUGUCUGUUCGUGUUGACUUGGAUUCUUAUCUUAGACUAUGGACUAUGAUCUGGUUUUUACUGUUCCCAUCUGGGAUGGUGAUUCUUGGGCUAGACGAUUGAGUAUAUACUUACGUGUAUGAACAUACACUCACUUUUUACAUUCGCGAUUACAAUAUGCAUAUACUUCACGAUUG